AUGGAUGGGAGCUGGCUGGUCAUCGUGGUGUUGAUCGGCGUGAGCGUGGCCUGGAUCCCGGUCCUGCAGGGUGCCAACAGCGGGCAGCUCUUCAUCUACAUGCAGUCGGUGACCAGCUCCCUGGCCCCCCCGGUGACCGCUGUCUUCAUCCUGGGCGUCUUCUGGCAGCGAGCCAACGAGCAGGGGGCCUUCUGGGGCCUGAUGGUGGGGCUGGCGGUGGGCGCCACGAGGCUGGUCCUGGAGUUCCUGCACCCCGCCCUGCCCUGCGGCGCCGUGGACACUCGGCCUGCCGUCCUGGGCAGCAUCCACUACCUGCACUUCGCCAUUGCCCUCUUCGCACUCAGCGGGGCCGUGGUGGUGGCCGGAAGCCUGCUGACGCCCCCACCCCCAGGGGCUCAGAUCCAGAACCUUACCUGGUGGACUCUAGGGAGGGACCUGCCCCCAGGAGCCAAAACAGCUGGCAGCCGGAAACAGGCUUUCUGGGCCCGGGUCUGUGGCCUCAACGCCAUCCUCCUCAUGUGCGUCAACAUCUUCUUCUACGCCUACUUCGCCUGAUGUGGCCCGGCCCUGAGGCCGCCCCUGUCCCUCAUGAGGACACCAGCCCUCGAGGCUGCCCGGCCAGCAAGGCGGGAGCCUGAAAAAUUAGGGAGGGAAUGGGCGAAAAGAAUGUGACACUUCAAAAGUGGCAUCAUGAUGGGCAAUAAAAGGCGAUUUCAGAGGACA